CUGCAAGACUUUUGGAGGCCAGGAGGUGGGGGACGACCAUCCCCACCCUGGAGAGUUCAAGGGGCAGGUGCUGCUCUUUAACGCUGUUGCUCUAUCGAUGGCAGUGCAGGCUUUUCAACCUCGUCCCCAACCCUGUUUUCGGUGUCCGUUCGACUGGAUCGGAUACAGAGGAAAAUGCUACUAUUUUUCGGAGGCUGAGGGGAACUGGACAUCCAGCCAGGACAACUGCACGGCACUCGGUGCUUCCUUGGCCACGCUCAACGGUGUGGAGGACUUGAGCUUCGUGAUGAGGUAUAAAGGCAUCUCGGAGCAUUGGAUCGGCCUUUCGCGGGAUGACGAGGAGCAGCCGUGGAAAUGGGUGAAACGCUCACAUUUCUCUCACCUGUUUCGGAUCCGCAGCAGCGGCCUCUGCGCCUACCUGGACGACAACGGGCUCAGCUCCUCCCGCUGCAGCGCCGAGAGGAGCUGGGUUUGCAAUAAGCCUGAGCUGCAGAGCCCAGGCAAGGGCAACAGGACGAGACGGGCUCAAAACCUUUGCAUCAGCUCCUAA